AGGGAUGUAGCAAAACGGGCUGUUUAGUCGACAAGAUGGCUGCUUCCACCGGAGCAAAGUGAAAAUGAAAGAAAUUAAUUUUGUGCAGUAAUGCAGAUAACCCCUGUGUUCGUUAUACGGCUAACUGAGUCAUUAAUCGUCUGAAAGAAUCUGUAGUGCGUAAAGUUUCAAGUUUGUAACACCAAACAGUUACCAUAUUGUAAUGGCGUGACGCAUGCGUGUUGCAAUGAACGUUCUGAAGAUUUUAAAAUUAUUUUAUUUUUGUUGAAGUUGGGGAGGCGAUGUGAUAAUUUUUGUAGCGAGUGUGAUUGUUGGUCUGCACGCCCGGGUGAGAUGGCGGCUCCCAGAGAGGCAUGAAAACACCCCCCAUGAACAAAUGCUUACUUUAGGAGCAAUAAUGCGGUCCACAUUUCUGUGUCCCCAUUAUAAAAUCCACCUGCGAACUAUUUACAUUUCGUAUUUAAUAGUAUGCGAGACAUUUUCGGUUUAGCUGUAUUCUUUCCGUUUUCUGUGAUUGUUAUUAUUUUUAGUCCGCCAUUUUUAGGCUGGGGGAGUCGGUUUGUUUGGUUACAAGAUGGCGGCUCCCAUGGAGUGGCACUGCUUCGGCUCCGGAGUCGAAAUAUUCGAUUUCUUUAUUUAGCAUGCAGUUUUUUGGAGAGUGUGUGUGCGUGCUAUUAUUCAUAUGCACCUGGAAAUACCGAGAUCCUGGAUAUUUUUGUUUUUUGCUCUCCGCGGCGAAGGGCUUUAUUCCUGGGCGAGCCGGCUCCUGUAAAGUGGCGCUAAAAUGGCGGCACCCCUGGGUUUCUUAGCCCCCGGUUCUGUUUAAUUCGAUAUAAAUUUUAUAUGUUUUGUUGGAUAUCCAGAAGCCACAGACCAGCGCUUCUGUGGGUUUCUAAAUAUAUUCUUGGAGGCGCUUUUCCUCCUUGCCGCUUAUUUCUCGUGUCGGCAUUGUAUUUUAUUCAUUCGCUGGGAUCUUAUCUUCUAACUUAAAUUUAGCGUUUUGCUUUUCGCUUAUUUUUCAAAACCCUUUAUUUUUUUAUUUCCCCCAAGCGACUAUGUCUUCUACUGGUUGCGCGGUGCCUGGCGCCCUGCAGCCGCGUUGGAAACGGGUCCUUGGCUGGUCCGGCCCGGUGCCCCGGCCUCGGCACGGACACCGGGCGGUAGCAAUCAAGGAGCUGAUGGUGGUUUUCGGUGGGGGAAACGAAGGCAUCGUGGACGAGCUGCACGUCUACAACACAGCCACAAACCAGUGGUUUAUUCCAGCGGUGCGUGGUGAUAUCCCGCCAGGAUGCGCCGCCUAUGGCUUUGUUUGCGAUGGUACCCGGCUCCUGGUAUUUGGAGGCAUGGUGGAGUAUGGCAAAUACAGCAACGAUCUUUACGAGCUGCAGGCCAGCCGAUGGGAAUGGAAGAAGCUGAAGCCUAAAUCGCCUAAAAAUGGGCCCCCUCCCUGCCCCCGCCUGGGUCACAGCUUCUCCCUGGUGGGGAACAAGUGCUAUUUGUUUGGGGGGCUGGCCAAUGACAGUGAAGACCCCAAAAAUAAUAUUCCCAGAUACCUGAAUGACCUGUACACCCUGGAGAUGCGGCCAGGCUCCAAUGUGGUGGGCUGGGACAUCCCCAUCACCUACGGUGUGCUGCCACCACCCCGGGAGAGCCACACAGCUGUGGUCUACACCGAGAAAGAAAGCGGGAAGUCGCGUCUAGUUAUAUACGGGGGCAUGAGUGGCUGCCGUUUGGGCGACCUCUGGACUCUGGACAUCGCUUCUCUCACUUGGAACAAGCCAUCAGUGAACGGCACAGCACCUUUGCCCCGCAGUCUCCACUCUGCCACCAUCGUUACAAACAAGAUGUUUGUGUUUGGAGGAUGGGUUCCUCUGGUGAUGGAUGAUGUGAAGGUGGCCACUCAUGAGAAGGAAUGGAAGUGCACAAACACACUGGCCUGUCUGAAUUUGGACUCAAUGUCCUGGGAGCAGGUCCUAAUGGACACUCUUGAAGAUAACAUCCCCCGGGCCCGUGCUGGUCACUGCUCUGUGGCCAUCAACUCCCGGUUGUAUGUGUGGAGCGGUCGUGAUGGCUAUCGCAAGGCCUGGAACAAUCAGGUGUGCUGCAAAGACCUUUGGUACCUGGAGACGGAGAGGCCGCCUGCUCCGUCCCGUGUACAGCUUGUGCGUGCCAACACCACCUCCCUGGAGGUGAGCUGGGGCACUGUGUCCACCGCCGACACCUACCUGCUGCAGCUUCAGAAGUACGACAUUCCUGCUGCCACCGCUUCCCCGGCCGUCAACCCAGCCCCCUCGCUGCCCACCAACUCGCCCAAGAGCCCUGCCCCUGCGGCGGCAGCCCCCGCUGCACAGAACCUGCCACACGUCAGCCCGGUGCCCCAGGCAGCCUCCCCCACGGCGUCCAGCUUGCCCAUCCUGCCCACCUUGCCCAGUAGCCCCCUGGCUGCUGCCACAACUCGGGGCCCUGCAAUCCUGAAGGUGGCAGCGCCACAGUCCGGUACUGGAGCCUCCAUUGUCACUGUGCGGCAGGCCAAUCAGGCCGUGAAGUCCCCUGUCACGGUCACCUCUCUCCCAGGUGUCCGCAUGGUCGUGCCCGCCCAGAACGCCCAAGGCACGCCAAUAGGGAGCAGCCCCCAGAUGAGCGGCAUGGCUGCUUUAGCUGCAGCGGCGGCUGCCACGCAAAAGAUUCCACCUUCCCCGGGGGCCACAGUGCUGAAUGUCCCGGCCAGUGCCACGAUGGUCAAAACGAUGGCUAUAACCCCGGGAUCUACCACGCUUCCUGCGACCGUCAAGGUAGCCUCACCUGUUAUGGUCAGCAACCCAGCCACCCAUUUGCUGAAGACUGCAGCAGCCCAGGUGGGCACGCCUGUUGGCUCCGCCCCUGGCACGCCCUCACGACCCAUCAUCACUGUGCACAAGUCCGGCACGGUCACCGUGGCUCAGCAGGCCCAGGUCGUCACCACCGUGGUGGGCGGAGUUACCAAGACCAUCACGCUUGUCAAGAGUCCCAUCACAAUGGGAGGGGGAGGAACGCUGAUAUCAAACCUUGGGAAGGUCAUGUCUAUGGUGCAGACAAAACCGGUGCAGACUACAGCUGUGACAGGGCAGGCCGCCUCGAGCCCUGUUACUCAGAUUAUACAGACUAAGGGUCCCCUUCCAGCCGGCACCAUCCUGAAGCUGGUGACUUCGGCUGAUGGCAAACCUGCCACCAUAAUCACCACCACUCAGGCCGGCGGCACUGGCAACAAGCCCACCAUUCUGGGGAUCAGCAGUGUGUCGCCUACGACCAACACCAAACCAGGCACCACCACCAUCAUCAAGACCAUCCCGAUGUCGGCCAUCGUGACCCAGUCCGGGGCCUCAGGUGUGACCAACACCGCAGGCCUCAAGACCCCCAUCACUCUUAUUACCACCAAAAUGAUGACGCCUGGCACCGGGACCCCAGGCAAAAUCAUCACUGCUGUGCCCAAGCUUGGCACGGGGCCUGGGCAACAGGGCCUGACUCAGGUUGUUCUGAAGGGAGCACCAGGGCAGCCGGGCACUAUCCUGCGAACUGUUCCCAUGGGUGGAGUCAGACUUGUUACCCCGGUCACUAUGUCAACUGUCAAGCCAACUGUAACCACGCUGGUAGUGAAAGGGACAACUGGAGUGACGACACUGGGCACCGUGACUGGCACAGUGUCAAGCAGCCUGGCUGGUGGCAACUUAGUCAGCGCUAAUGCAUCGCUGGCCACACCCAUCACCACUCUGGGAACCAUUGCCACGUUGUCUAGCCAGAUCAUUAACCCGGCUGCCAUCACUGUGUCCGCUGCCCAGACCAGCCUCACAUCGGCCUCUCCGCUGCCCACUCCGACCAUUACCAUGCAGUCUCUGAACCAGCCUACCCAGGUGACUCUGAUAACAACACCCAGUGGAGUGGAGGCCCAGCCUGUGCAGGACCUGCCUGUCUCCAUCCUGGCAUCUCCCACCUCUGAGCAGCCUGCUGGUGCAGAAGCAGUUGCAGGGGAUGCUCCUGGCACGGUCACCUUGGUGUGCUCGAACCCGCCCUGCGAGACCCACGAGACCGGAACCACCAACACAGCCACGGUGGCCUCGUCCGGCAUGGGCAUGCAGCGCGUGUGCUCGAACCCACCCUGCGAGACCCACGAGACCGGAACCACCAACACGACCACGGUGGCCUCGUCCGGCAUGGGCAUGCAGCGCGUGUGCUCGAACCCACCCUGCGAGACCCACGAGACCGGAACCACCAACACGGCCACGGUGGCCUCGUCCGGCAUGGGUUCUGGACAGAAUGGGACUGUCCAGAGGGUGUGCUCGAACCCGCCCUGCGAGACCCACGAGACCGGAACCACCAACACGGCCACGGUGGCCUCGUCCGGCAUGGGUUCUGGACAGAAUGGGACUGUCCAGAGGGUGUGCUCGAACCCGCCCUGCGAGACCCACGAGACCGGAACCACCAACACGGCCACGGUGGCCUCGUCCGGCAUGGGUUCUGGACAGAAUGGGACUGUCCAGAGGGUGUGCUCGAACCCGCCCUGCGAGACCCACGAGACCGGAACCACCAACACGGCCACGGUGGCCUCGUCCGGCAUGGGUUCUGGACAGAAUGGGACUGUCCAGAGGGUGUGCUCGAACCCGCCCUGCGAGACCCACGAGACCGGAACCACCAACACGGCCACGGUGGCCUCGUCCGGCAUGGGUUCUGGACAGAAUGGGACUGUCCAGAGGGUGUGCUCGAACCCGCCCUGCGAGACCCACGAGACCGGAACCACCAACACGGCCACGGUGGCCUCGUCCGGCAUGGGUUCUGGACAGAAUGGGACUGUCCAGAGGGUGUGCUCGAACCCGCCCUGCGAGACCCACGAGACCGGAACCACCAACACGGCCACGGUGGCCUCGUCCGGCAUGGGUUCUGGACAGAAUGGGACUGUCCAGAGGGUGUGCUCAAACCCGCCCUGCGAGACCCACGAGACCGGAACCACCAACACGGCCACUACAGCCACCUGCAGCAUGGAGACUGCUGAAGGUUCAGCUCAACAGAGUGGCGAUGCUGCAGAGGGAGCUGUGACAGAUGUCCUUCCUAGCCCUGCUCCAUCUGCAGUUGUGGUGGCUGCCAUGACGACACAGGGCAGAGCCAUCACCACCGUGACCCAAGCCACUCCUGUCCCGGGGCCUUCUGUGCCGUCCAUUGCCUCCAUUACGGAGUCAGCGGCAGGCAGCGAGGAGGUCUCUGUGGAGAUCACGCAGGAGCAGCUGCAGCAGCUGGCUGAGGCUGCAGCAGCCCAACAGGGAGAGGUGGAGUCCAUGCAGACGGAGUGCCACAACCUGGAGGGGGCGGAGGCUGUGGAGGGCCAGAUGGAGGCUCUGCCCAUUGCCAUGGAGACCCAGCCCAGUCAGGAAGAGCAAACUGAGCCUCUGCACCCUGGCUGUCAGGUUGAGGGAGCGGAGUCUGAGGACGUGGCCGUCCCAGUGCAGGAUACCGAGGCACUCGCCCUACCUCCAGAGCUGAUGUCGGAGGGCCAGUCUGCCACCCUGAUGGUGACUGGCCUCACCCCAGAGGAGCUGGCCGUGACGGCAGCGGCUGAGGCGGCGGCGCAGGCCGCAGCCACCGAGGAGGCUCAGGCUUUGGCCAUCCACGCCGUCCUUCAGGCCGCUCAGCAGGCAGUCAUGAACGCUGGGGAGGCAGACUCGGGGCAGGAUGGCCACCAGCCCACCACCAUCCCCAUUGUGCUGACGCAGCAGGAACUGGCCGCACUGGUGCAGCAGCAGCAUCAGCUUCAGGAGGCGCAGGCAGCUGCGGCAGCAGCCGCUCAGCAGCAGGCCGAAGCCCGGGCCGCUCUCCCCACCGAGGGCCUGGCCCCCGCCGACAGCCUCAACGAUCCCACUUCGGAGAGCAACGGGCACAGCGAGAUGGCUGCCGCAGUCGCUGGCGCCGUAGCGGGGCUGCUGCCGCACACUUCUGCUGAAACUUUGGCUCCAUCCAGCACAUUUGCACCCUCUCAGCCUGUGGUGGUUGUGACCCCAGCGAAAACACAGAUAGAUGUGGCUAAUGGCAUUGAAUCGGCAGCUGGGAAGCCGAACCCCCCUCCCACCCCUGUCAAGGCCCCUGUGAAGAAAGAGAACCAGUGGUUUGAUGUGGGGAUAGUCAAGGUGACAAACAUGGUGGUCACCCACUACUAUGUUCCAGGGGAUGACUCGCCUGUUACUGAUGAUGACUCGGGGGCUGUUCCAGACUACAGUCAGAUGAAGAAGGUAGAACUUCACCCCGGCACAGCCUACAAGUUCCGUGUGGCUGGAAUCAAUGCCUGUGGGCGCGGAUCCUUCUCAGAGAUCUCCGCCUUUAAAACCUGCCUGCCUGGCUUUCCUGGGGCUCCCUGCGCUAUCAAGAUCAGCAAGAGCCCCGAUGGUGCCCACCUGACGUGGGAACCACCCUCAGUGACGUCAGGGAAGAUUGUGGAAUACUCUGUGUACCUGGCCAUCCAGAGCUCACAGGCAGGGGAGGUCAAGACCCCUGCAGCACCGGCCCAGCUGGCCUUUAUGCGAGUGUACUGUGGACCCAGCCCUGCGUGCCUGGUGCAGACCUCCAGCCUCUCCAAUGCCCACAUCGACUACACAACCAAGCCCGCCAUUAUCUUCCGCAUCGCGGCACGCAACGAGAAGGGUUACGGCCCAGCCACGCAGGUCCGAUGGCUGCAAGAAUCAAGCAGAGAUGGUGCCGCCGGGAAACCAGCUGUCAAGAGGCCAGUCUCAUCCCCUGAUGUCAAGGCUGCUGGCCCCAAGAAGCCACGUUCGGACCAGUGAAGCCCCUGAGGUCCUACUUGCUCUGUCCUUCCCCCACCUGGGAGGUGGUGUCCCUUUUCGCCCUCUGCCCAGCUACACCACCGCCUCGACUGAAGCUAAGCCCGUUUAAAGACGGGCGUAUAAAACUGCCUGGAGAGAGACUGUUGCUCCACCCAGGACAUCUUGGUGCCAUGGACGCCUAUUCUCAACCAGUACUUUUAUUUCUCGGUUUCCUCAAGCAAAACGAAGGAAAAGCACAUUGAUUGGUGAUGCGCACUCGUGUCACAGUGGAAUAGCCAUGGUGACGUGUUUUCUACAUUUUCAUUUUUGGAUUUGUUUUUUUGCAUUUCAAAACUUUUUCGGGCUAAUUUCAGCUGAAGGACUUCAUAGAGAACAGGGACAGCUUUGCUCACUGUCAGAUGGCAGACUUUUGGUCGGAGGCAUGAGGGCAUAGUGGGUGAGGAGGUGGCAGCAGUGAUGAAGCUUUCAAAAGGGAGGAAGUGACAACUUGAAGCACUUGUUCUCAGAGAAAAGGUGAGGGGAUGACAAUCUACCACAUUGUUGUGGAUUCCAUCUCCUUGUUUUGUCGUCGCUGUGUGCAGUUACCCUGUAAGGAGAGCAGGUGGAGAGAACUUCGCCACAAAGGAAAAUGAAGCUAAGGAUUUGGAGAGAACAGGCACAAAAAUCCUAAAAAAGCAAGCAAUGAUGUAUUGCCUGUAGUUUUUAUUUUUCUAUUUUUAAGUCUCCCCCCCCCCCCAGUGUAUGUACUUCAGUGUGCAUUAUUCUUUUUCCAAACUACCAUUCAUCCUCAGUUUCCAAGUGUUUGUGUACUGAGGAGUGGCAUUUUGGGGGUGGGGGUGCACUAUGCUUUUAAAUCUGAGUGAUUGCAUUUUUUUUUCGGAGGAAGCCAGAAAGGAUGGACUUUUUUUAUUUGUGCUAUUAAAGCAAGCAACUGCGUGAGCAAACACAGGACUUGAAGGUCACUCAGUCAGGAGUGCAGUUACUGUUUACUACACCUUUUCAGCGCUUGUCUUGCCAAACCGAAACCCUACAUGAGCAUAUUGCACAUAAACGAGGCAGUUCCCCCGGUUCCCUGUCCUCUGCUUCCAGCACACAUCUCCGGUUCUGUGUUUGUUCUGGGUGAGGUGGUCCUGAAUGAACUUUGACUUAAGUUGCAAGUUUUUGGGUAUGAAUCCUUGCAGCCCCCCCCCCCCCCCCCAGCUGUGUAGAAGGAGAGUCCACUCUUUUUUUUUCCAUUUUCUUUUUUUUUUUUUACUUUAAUGGUUUUUUUGGAGGGGUGGGGUGUUUAACAUGAACAGGGGAGGUGGCCAGUUUGGGCAAGAUAGCAGGGUUAGGGAAUAUUGGCAUAGCCAGUGUGGCUCACUUGUAUAUUAGUUCAUAUAGCAAGAAGACAUCUUGGCCUUUUUAUAUAAUUACCUGUAAUAAGCAUUUUUACAUGUUGGUCAUCUCUUGAUUGCCUUUUUGUGUCUUGACUUAUAAAACAAACUGAAAUACCA